AUGUCUUGCUACGAGCAGUGCAAACAGCCCUGCGUGGCCCCUCCCAUUUGUGUGCAGAAGUGCGUGGAGCCCUGCAGGACCGUGUGCGUGGAGCCCUGCGGCAACGUCUGCGUGAAGCCGUGCUCCACGCCGUGCGUGGAGGUCUGUGCAAAGCCCUGUGCCACCCAGUGCACCACCACCUGCACCACCAAGUGCGUGGAGCCUUGUGUCGCCCAGUGCACUCCAUGCGUGGAGGUCUGCCCAACUCCCUGUGCCACCCAGUGCACCACCACCUGCACCACCAAGUGCGUGGAGCCCUGCCGCACGCGCUGCGUGGAGCCCUGCCGCACCCGCUGCGUGGAGGUCUGCCCCCCUCAGUGCAUCGACGUCUGCGUGAAGCCGUGUGCCACUCCGUGCCAAAAUCCCUGCGCCACUCAGUGCGUGGAGCCCUGCGUCACCCAGUGCUGCACCCAGUGCGUGGAGCCCUGCCCAGCCCCAUGCGUGGAAGUGUGUACCACCAAGUGUGAGAAGGUGUGCCAGGAGCCGUGCAGCAAGGUCUGCUCUCGCCGAUGGUGA